GCUAGCGAGAACAACGUUGAACCAGUAGAUUAUAUUCUUGCUUCCUUAAAACGACACGUUGCAGCCAUCUAUAGCCUAAUUUUUUUAUGAUUUUAUUACAUUCUUAAUAUUUUCAAAAAAUUCAGCUUCUGUUGUCCUGAGGUUUUCUUGUUGAAGGGUAAUGGAGAACAUUCUUGGACUUUUAAGAAUUCGAGUCAAACGAGGUUUAAAUCUUGCUGUUCGUGAUCUUGGUUCUAGCGAUCCUUAUGUUGUCAUCACUUUGAGAAAUCAGACAUUUAAGACUAAAGUGGUGAAGAAAAACUGCAAUCCUGAAUGGAACGAAGAACUAACGGUGUCCAUUAAGGACCCUAACGAGCCAAUUAAAUUAGCAGUUUUCGACAAAGAUACGUUCACUGUUGAUGACAAGAUGGGCGAUGCACUGAUCGACAUCAAACCAUAUAUAGCGGCUCUUAAGAUGGGCAUGAAAAAUCUCCCAAACGGGUGCGCAUUGUCAAGAGUUCGGCCAAAUAAGGACAAUUACCUUGGCGACGAGAGUUCCAUUGUUUGGAACGAUGGCAAAAUCACCCAAAAUAUGCAUCUCAGAUUGAGAAAUGUCGAGAGUGGCGAAGUGGAGGUUGAGAUUGAGUGGAUUGAUGUUCCGGGUGCCAGGGGACUCGAGAUAGAAGAGAGACUUCUGAAAACACCAUGGAAUCAUUAGAGCAAAUGAAUAACUUGAUUCAGCAUUCAUGUCAUCUUCAACUCUGAUUGAUUUUACUGUGAAUUCUUCUGCGAAUUUCAAAUCCGUAUUCGUUCUCCUGAGUGUGUUUCUUCGCUUUGCUGCCUUUAUACUCAUAAACUACUACUAAUACUUCAUAAUCUUUCAAUUUCACGUC